CUAUUUUUUAAAGCUGUUUUUGCUUUAAUCUAGCUAUUUUUGCACCAAAUUGACCGAUAGUUAAUCGAUAGUUCUGCCAUGGACAAUUCGCGUUUUACAAUACUUUGAAUUUCACCACUGCCGAAGCUGUCAUAAAAUACAAGCGUGGACUCGCGGCCUGCCGCAUCGAAAGCAAUCAAGAGUUUUUCAUUUUGUGUACGUUGCCGACACGCAAACUCAAGCCCUAACCCAACGCAAGUGGCCGAACGUGAAGCACGCGCUACUGACUGUUGCAGACGAACCGGUGAAGAACGCAAGCUGUGAUUUCUGUUGAACGUAGUGCUUAGUUGCGGGAAGAGCGAUCGGUAAGAAUGCCUAAGGAUACAAUAACCAAGGUGCAGGAGUACAAGGACUCGCUGAUCUCGAAGGCGGAGAUACUAAUUACAAAAGGAUUCCCCGAGAAAAUCGUUGAGCUGAACGAACUGCUGGCCACGUCCAUGUUCAAUGAGCGCAACUUCAACGAGGUGCAUCAGGAUCUAAACAUUCCGGUCUUGGCGCCCAUAUUGGUCAACAAUCAUGACGGCGACGGCAGCGCCCACGACGAUCAUCCAGUGCCAAAACGGGCGCGCAAAGAUGACGUCUCCGGCACCGCCGUCUUGGGCAUACCCGCCGGCACGGUGCCCUGCAAUAAGCCGCUCUGCGAGAUGAUCAAGGUGGUCAAGCCGAUUAUACGCAAGCUGGUUGAGGACUCGAACCUAUUGAAAAUGUGGAUUUCCUUUAUGAUACCCAAAAUCGAGGAUGGCAACAAUUUCGGUGUGUCGAUUCAGGAAGAUACGCUGGCCGAAAUCCAGACGGUCGAAUCGGAGGCGGCCGCCUUCUUUGACCAAAUAUCUAGAUACUUUCUAUCGCGCGCCAAGGUCGUCUCGAAGGUGGCCAAAUAUCCGCAUAUCGAUGACUAUAGGCGCGCGGUUGUCGAGCUGGACGAGAAGGAGUAUCUCAGCCUGUGGCUGGUGGUGUGCGAGGUGCGCAAUCGUUACUCCUCGCUGCACGAUAUUGUUAUAAAGAAUCUGGAGAAGCUGAAGAAGCCGCGCUCAUCGAACAUUGAGAGCUUAUACUAGAGACGCCCAUUUAUUAUUAUUAUUAUUAUUUGUUUCUUAAAGUUAACAAACAGACCGCAAACGCCUCCUUCUCCUCCUUCUUCUCCUCCUUCUCCUCAAUACUGGAAGCCAACAGCGUCCGCAUCCCGUUCCAGAGCCCGCGUAUCCGUAUUGAAGCGUGGUCCCAGUUAAACACAGUUAAUUACACACUCGAAAUUUCCAUUUGGAAUAGUUUGUUAUUCAUAAAGUUGAGAGAAUUUGUAAGAGAUCUAACAAUAUGAUUACCUUUAGACGUUAUGUUUAAAGCGUGCAGUUCUUAAGGACAGUUUAAUGUAAUAAAAUAUUUGGGUAUCUAGAUUAUAAUCUAGAUUAAAGUAAUAUACAAGCAA